AAGGUUAUGGGGUUAAACUCGUGGGUUAAUUAGUUUGAAAGAGUCAGCAGUGCAGCUGAGAAAGUGAUGAAUUGUACUCACCUUUUUCUCAGAUCCACGUCUCAAUCAUUGCUUAAUAGAUCUAGAUCUACAAUUCAGUUACAAGUCAAGAGGUUUGCCUCAAGCAACCAGAAUGAGUCCAUGGUUAGUCGAGGAUGGAGAAAGCUUGCUGUUGCCAUAAGGACAUUCAUGGCUGGAACUAAGGCUCUUUAUAAAGAUGUUACACUAAUGUAUGAAAUACGAUCUACACAUGGAAAAUACACAAUAACGAGCACGUUCCCCAAAGGGGUUUCUCAUGGCUUUCCUCUCUCCAGAAGCCAACUACAAUUCACUUACAGUACCCAAAAAAAUCUGAUCAAGAUGCUCCCCACUGUGGCUUUGUUUUUUGUUCCUGUUUUGGGAUAUGUCGUCCCUCUAGUUGCGUUUAUGUAUCCUGAAAAAUUGCUCAGCAACCAAUUUUGGACCGAUGAUCAACGAAAACUAUUCACACUUUCAGAAGCUAAAAGGAGUGAGGAGAUAUUUGAAUCUCUAAUGAGAGAAGUUAGGACAGCCCUAAGUCAAAAACAGUUGGAUUCUGUAACUGAUCUGAGAAAAAAGUUAAAAGAUGCUGAUUUAAACUGGGAGCAAGAGCAUUCACUGUUUCAAGACCCAUUCCUACCAUAUGGACUAACUACAAAUCAAAUGGGCUUACUGUGUAGCGGUUGGGGAUUGAGAACGUGGUUACCGAUACAGUCAAGGCGACGACUACUAUUAGAGAGACACAUGAAAUACUUAUUCACCUGUGAUUGGCUACUCUCACUAGAAGGUGGAGUGGAAUCACUUACUGACAAAGAAGUAUUUGAGGCAUGUGCAGAGAGAAAAAUCAUUCCCAGUGACAACACAGCAGACGUAAUUUUGCUUAGAACACUUCUUAAGACAUGGACAGCUCUUACUACUAGUGUAAACGAAUGCCCAAUGUCUUUGAUGGCUCACCUUCCAAUGACCCAGUUUCAUGACGUAUUAUAGUUUGAAACACAAUGGAACUAGCCCUUGGAGUGUAUAAUUUUGUGUGUUGUCAAAUGUCUCAUUGUCUGUAUAUAAUCUCAAUCAGAGUGUACAGGUACUGUACAUGUUGCAAACAAAUUUCAUCAUGCUGACAUGACAAGGA